AUGGAUUCGGCUAAUCGUGAAGAAAACGGAACUGAGAAUGACGACGGUGGUUCCUGCACCGACGAGACCUCGCCGUCGAAUCAAUCAAGAAGAAGCGUAACGUUAAAGAAAUGGAAGAGAAAUCCUAAGCGAGGUGAUUCCGGUAGCGACGGUGAUGAAUCUGUAGGGAAUAGAAUCAUUGGGAGUUGCAAUUCGGAUUCUAGGGAUUUGAGUGUGUCUGAAUUAGAGAAUGACUGUUGCGAUGAAGAUUUGAAUAGUGAUGCACGUGACACAGAGGUUAGCCACGUGACUGGAUAUGACGAUGAAGAUGCUGUAAGAGAGGAUCCUUUGACUGAGUAUGUUCAUACUCUUAAGGUUUUGGAGGGAGAACUUCAACAAGAAAUUAAAAAAAUCAGGGAGAUUAGGAGUGAAUCUUUCUUAUCUGAUGACUCAACCAAGUUUAGAAGUGCUGCUGAAGCAAGUGUUGUUGAAACAAGUGCUGUUGAUCUAAGAUUCCAUGACUCAUGCUCAUCUAGCAAUUCUGGUAACCAAAUUUCAUCAAGUUUCAUGGAACUUCUGCUACUGCGCCUGACAGAAAAACUAAACUAUUUGGAAAGCCAGUUAGAAGAAUUGCAGGGUGAGCUUGCCCUUAAGAAUUCCAGGAUUGCUGGACUUGAAUUAGCCCUUACUUGUGACGAGUUUCCUAAGGAAGAAUCUACUUGCACCGUAUGUUUAUUAGAUGGAAAAUAUAAAGAGCUGGAGUCUGAGCUUGAGAGUCUUUUUCGGCAAAAGAUUGAAGCCGAGGUCAAAUACCUGGCCAUCAAAAACACGAUGCGGAAGUUGAAGGUUGCGUCAGCUUUAGUAGAAAAACAAGAAACAAUGUAUGGCAGUGAAGUUCAGACUCCAAAUAAGCUUGAAGUGGCAGAUAAUGAGGAUCCAAUAAUGACAAACAGAACAGAGGAGACUUUUAUGAUUCAGAGCAGAUUAUGCAAGCUGACAUGUUACUUUUUCUUUCAGCUCAUCAUGUUUUUAAUGUUGGUUCUUUGGCUUGUGUCAAAGUUAGUGCCUAAUUCUGAGGGGGUUGUGCCCACAUGA